AUGUCUGACGACAACACCCGUCGCCACUGGCACGGAAGCCCCGGCGACCGUCACGAGCACUUGAACGUCUGGAUGUCGGGCGGUGCCAAGGCGCCCACUUCUCGCGCUGCCUGGGCCAUGAUGCCAGGCAUGGAGACUCCUCGGAGGGACUCUACCAGCUCCACCUCCUCAAACGGCAAACAAGCCGAAGGCACAUCCCCAACCCUCCCAACGGUGAGCGAACGCCGCCGAUCCAGCACUACCUCUUCCACCGGCCUCUUCUCGAACCUGCAUUCGCAGAAGCGCGACUCUACGGACCCGGAUAUGGCGACCCGUCGCGCGAGCUGGAACGAGCAGGCUGCGAAGGGCGGGUUCUUUUCGAAGUGGUGGGAUGGUUACACGCGUGGUCCUAGCAAGUAA